GGCACUACAAUAAAUAUCCUCCGUUGAAUUUAGUUCAAAGUACAUAAGAUGUCAAAAAAAGCUCGUGUUCAGUUCAUUCAGAAUGAAGAGCCAUCAUUUAUACGUCAGUUUAAAGAACGUGCAGGUAUACCAGCAGAUGCAACUAUCGAAUCCAAACAUAAAGAAUUAACUACUGAUAACGGUGAAGAUGAUCGUCCAGAUGAACAGCCUCAGUUAGUCUAUGAUCCUUGUUCCGAAGUUGAUGAAUUGGAAGCAAGAGCAUUUAUUAAACAAUGGCAAUAUGAACAUAAACUUGGUCUACCAGUGGAAACUAAUGCAAAAAAAGAAAAUUUAGGUGUACCAAAUCGGAUUAUGUUCCGAUCUGCUGAAGAACGUUGUGCAAACAAAAUAAAUUCUGUCAUCAAUACAUCUAAUGUUGACAAUUUUAUCGACAGUAGUCGACCGAAACAAAAGUGUCUCCGAGAUCGUUCGCCUAUUGAUUCUAAAAGAAAAGAUACAAAAUGUUCAUUACUGUCAUUCGAUUUAGACGAAGAUGAAGGAUAGACGACCAAAGCUCGUUGACAACUUUAUAUACUGCAAU